ACACCUGAAAGGAAAUGUAAAUAUUCGUCCUUAAACUUUAUUGCAAUAAUGUGUUUUAAGACCAGAAAUUCUCCAGAGACAAUGCAUCAUUUUAGUUCAACUGUCAACAGUGAAAGGACCAUUGAAGGGCUCCUUUAAAGAUGUGCAUUUGCUACUUAUCACAAGAUAAUACUUACAUUUUCUUUCUCCAUAAGAAUGUCAUUUGUUUAGGAAAAAGCCAGUAAAGUGUCUGUAUUAAAAUCGUGUAAUCAUUUGUACCGUAUUUAUUUAUUUAUUCUCUUCCUCAGGUUCCACCAGUUAAUAUUCAUUCGAAAGCAUGGAUCCGAUAAACUGCUCCUUGGUGGAGCUGUCAGAUGAUAUGGAUGCUGGGAUCAGUGGCAGUAAAAUUGUCCUCUGCCUCAUGCUCUCUGUCCUAGCUGUGGCCACCACGGUCAUCAAUUCGCUGGUGAUAACAGCUAUUCUGGUCACUCGCAAGCUCCAUCAGCCAGCCAACUAUUUGAUUUGCUCGUUGGCCGUUACUGAUCUCCUGGUGGCCGCACUGGUAAUGCCAGUCAGCAUCGUCUACAUAGCGGAAGAGAAGUGGGUGCUGGGGCCUGCCAUGUGCCACCUGUGGCUGGGUGUGGACGUUACCUGCUGCACCUGCUCCAUCUUGCAUUUGGCCGCCAUAGCACACGACCGCUACCGUGCCAUCACAGACGCUGUGGCAUACUCACAAAAACGCACAUCUCAGAGAGCAGCUGUGACCAUAGUAGUGGUCUGGGUGAUUUCUGUACUUGUCUCGCUACCUCCUCUCAUGUGGAGGAAGAUGCCUGAAGAAAACGGGGAACAUGGAAUCUCGGAGUGCAUGAUGGAGCAUGACCACGUCGCCUUCACUGUCUACUCAACCUUCGGCGCCUUUUACAUCCCGCUCCUCCUCAUACUGGUGCUCUACUACAAGAUCUACCGGGCAGCACAGACACUGCGCAACCGGCGAGGCAGCAGCCGACUGGUGAAGCAGACGGUCAAUAGUGUCAUCGUGAGUUCAGACAGGGAAGCGCCACCACUCAGUCCAGACACACUCAGUCCCACCGAGAAGUCUUUUUCAGAGCCAUCGACAGAUGGAGAGCGUGUCAGGAUCACGCCCAGCACGGGUAGAGUGUUCAAGAACCGAAGGAAUCCCGCCGCCAGGGAGAGACGAGCGGCCCUCACUCUCGGCCUCAUUCUUGGGGCUUUUGUGAUCUGCUGGCUGCCUUUCUUUCUCAAAGAGGUCAUUGUGAACACAUGCCCUUCUUGCAGUACGUCAGCUCUGCUUGCAGACUUCCUUACCUGGCUGGGAUAUCUGAAUUCCCUCAUCAACCCACUUAUAUACACCAUAUUCAAUGAGGACUUUAAGAAAGCCUUUCAGAAACUCAUCCCUUUGUGUUGUACCCAGUACAGGUGA